UCCCGGAGCGCGCCCGGCGCACAGGGCUCGGCGGCAGGUGCCUCGCCGCGCAGACUCGCCGGCCGCCGGGACCGGCUCGGGCGCGGGACCGGCGCAGGCGGGGCGGGACGGUGACGCGCGUUGCCCGCGGGCCACACUGGCCGCCCUGCACUCAGUGAGGGGCGUGUGCGCGGGCCCGGCACCCGCGGGCCCCAUGUUCACCGAGCUGAGGUCCAAGCUGAGCCCCCCGCGAGGCCGCGCCGGGGCUGUGCGCGCGGGCUUAGGGGAGCGCCGGGAUGUGGACGCCACUGCCCACUUCAGCUUCUGCCGGACUCUCCUGGAGCACACCGUGUCAGCCGAGAGCAUCCCCUGCCACCUGCCUCGAACACCAGGCACCAGCCUCACAUGGCAUGACUCCCGUAGCCAGAGGGCUUCCAGCAACAGGCCAAUCAAACUCCUGCAGCAGCCUGGGACAGAGACUCCACAGGGCCGGCUGUACUCUGACCACUAUGGCCUGUACCACACAAGCCCCUCACUGGGUGGCCUGACACGGCCUGUGGUCCUCUGGAGCCAGCAGGACGUCUGCAAGUGGCUGAAGAAACACUGUCCCCACAACUACCUCGUCUACGUGGAGGCCUUCUCCCAGCACGCCAUCACUGGCAGAGCCCUACUGCGGCUAAAUGCAGAGAAGCUACAGAGGAUGGGGCUGGUGCAGGAGGCCCAGAGGCAAGAGGUGCUGCAGCAGGUGCUCCGCCUACAGCUUCCUUUGGAAAUAUAUCCUAGCCGCUGCCAAGGCUUGAACCCCAGACCCCAGCACUGUGACCACAGGCCACGGCCAAGAAUGAAGACAAGCUGGCCCCACGUACCCUCUCGGACCCCACAGGAUACCAUGGUGGCCAAGUCCAGCCUAGUGGACAGGCAGGACCACCACCUUCAGGCACCUGUGAUUCCACAGUCAGGCCGUGGCCUGGCCUGGGCUGCUUAUCUGUGGCCCCUCCUCCUGGGACAUAAGCCCAUCCCCUGGCGCUGCUGGAACAUGUGGGGCAGCUACCUGGAGCCAGAGUGGGGUUCAAAUGACCCCCAGACUCCCAGGGAGUCUGUUUAUUUAUGUUCCCUUUACUAUGUGACCAUCCUCCUUUGCCUGAGUCAUGCAUCUCUCUGCUCACUUGUCCAGUUCUGCAUCCUCACAGAAUUACCAGGCCAGCCACACAGUGGGACAAACUGCCUUGGCUCCCUUUGGCCUGUGUUUUCCCCCUGCCCCCGCCAGGACCCAGUAGACACAACCCAUGUCCAGAGUAACAGUCAUCAGCACAGCCAGGCAGGGAUCCAUGUGGAGCACCUUGCUAAUUCUGUAGCCACCCUGACUGUACCUGCAUCUAUUUGUGAGGACUGAGGCUGAGAGGCCCUGGAUGUCCCAGCCCCAGAGACAGCAACAGCACAGUGAGGACAGCAGCCCUGUGCAGGCAACUCCACACCCUGAGCCUGCUGGAUUCAGUGGUGCUCUGGGCCUACCUUUGGGAAAGUCUGGUUUUCCAGCAUCUUCGCUGUGUACUUGCACUUGGAGAGCACCUUCAAGAGAUCAUCGCACUUACUGCUUUCCCAAGAAAACCUGGAUUCAUAGAAGAGACUAUCCUGAGGACUGCGUCCCACCUCUGCCACCAGACGCCUGAGCAACCCCUCCCUGGGUGGUCUGGGGCUGGUGCUGCCCGGCAGAGGGACAGUGAGGGCGGCCCUGGCAGCCCACACCCUCUUGCUCCUCUGCCUCUUCCCACGCCCCCGGGGACUCUGAAAAUCUCAGGGACAGUUGAGGCUGUCUCCAGUCCUCUCUCUGUGACCUGAGCUGGCCUCAGGACUCAGGGUUGGUCACUGCAGGUCCUGAGUGAAUUUGGGCAACUGGUCUGGUGCCUCCCAUCCCAUGCGUCUGCACUCACAGGGAGCCCCCUUGUCAUGUCUGGCUGCCCUGAGCAUCCCCCAAAACCUUGUGCUAUAGGCCUUCAGCCAGAAGGCCCAUCUCUGCCUUUCCCCUCCUGUCUGGCCCACCCUGUGCUCCUGUACUGUCUUCCUUGUUUUUCAUUCACUUUUUUAUAUUCUGACAAAAAAUCAGAAAUAAACCUGUUCUCAAGUGCCAA